GUUUAUAUAGAUCAGAUAUAUAUAUAAUAAUAUAAGAUGCUACCUAACAGCAAGGGUAUAUCAACUUCGCCUUAGUCCGAAUUCUGUUUUCCAUUCUUGUUUGUCAUUAUGUUUCAAUAUUUGAUAAAGCUGUUUCAAGUCGAACGUCAGUGGCACGCACUGACCUUUUUCGUAAAAGGUUUUAAUUAUUUUUUUUUUUUGUGUUAAGACAUUAAGAAAAUUAAAAACAUAGAGCACUAGUUAUAGAAAGUUUCAACUAAACAAGAUUAUUUCAUCAUCAAGAUUAUUUCAAAGUGAAAAAAAAGGAAGGAAUUAAACCAAAAUAUCAACAGAAACAGAGACAGAGUCGAGUGGAAUUCAGAACAAGUUCUAAGAAUAACAAACAAGGAUCCAGGAUUCACAGGUUCACAAGGAGCCGCGGAAUGGUGAAGGAGGAGGAGCAGGAGGCGCCGCAAGGUAUGCAACAGAUACCGCGAAGAAAAACCCAAAAACCCCAAAAACCAAAUACAAACUAAGCGGCACAGACUCGGCAAGGAGACUCUCACAAACAACUUGCAACGUGCAAUGUGGAAUCUGCAACCUGGAGACCUGGAACCUGCAACCUGGAGGCUGGAGGAAACAGAGUGCACACGAAAACGCACCUGGGCGCAAAUGAAUGAUGAUGAUGUUGCCACAACAGCCGCUGGCAAAGGCAGCAAACCAACAAAACUUCUUUGCCACACUUUUGUGACAGUGGGUGUGGUUGGAUUUUUAGUGGAUAAAAAAAAUGAGGCGGUGCAAAAACUGGAGACACUCCGCAGCCAGCCUUCUCCUCAUCAUCGUCAUCAUCAUCAUCAUGGAGGCUGGAGACUGGAGAAGCCACUCGAGAGUCUGGAGUUGACUGGCAAGAUGAGAUGGAGUCUAAGCCCGGCUAGGAACCUUAAGGAGCUGCCUCUAAUGAGCUAAAUUAUUCCACGUGGAGAGAGCCCCCAGAAGUGCUGGAGCAGCCGGAGAAGCAUCACAAAAUGCCACCAAAGGGUGAAGGUACAAUAAAAAGCAGAAACACCGCUGGCAUUUGCGCGAUAGCGAGUACAUAAAUAUUAACUUAUGUCUGAUAAGAUAUCCGAGGACACAACCCCCAUAUCGAAGCAUGAAAUUUGCCAAAAUUUACAAUAUGUCGGGGCCAGCGACGGACAUCGAUUUGAAUUCCCAUUUAAAACGACUGAGUCCAACCUAUAUUUUUUUUGAUGAAUCAUUAAACUUUAUCUUGUAACUUCCGGAGUGGAGAGUCGAGGAAACUUUGAACUUCGUCUAGAGAAUUUAAAAAAAAUAAAAUACACAAAGGCAAGUAAGUACGAGUGUCAGAAAUAAACGAAGCUAAGACGACAUUCGUCGCGUGAAUGAUGUCACUAUAUCAUGAUCGGCUGAUUAGACAAAGCAGAGCCGCGAUUGAACAGUGGUUCCAAAUACCAAAAAACCAUAGAGAUAUUAAAUUAUAUUUAUGUAUUAUUUUUAAAGUAAAACUUGUUUAAAUAAAGGCUUAAUACUUCAA